CUUUGCCCACGACCCUGUUGACUUCUCCAAAGCUUAGCAUAGCUUCUGGUUCACUUUGCCCUAUUUUCCCUACCACAGCCUGCUCGCUCUAAUUCCCUCACUAAAAUUCUCAAACUGCGCGCACACCCUGCCAUCCGGCGCAUCCUGGUCUAAGAUUACUACCGCGCAGCAACACCUCAAGGGGCGGAUACACAAAAUCGCUAACACAAGAUGCCUCCAGCAUACACAAUGCAGCAGAAGGCUGCGAUCAGCCAGUUCAUGAGCUUCACGAACAUGGACCGCACUGCCGCUGUGCGAGUGCUCAAGAGUCGUGGCUGGGACGCCCAGAAUGCUGUCAACGCAUACUAUAGUGGCACUGAUGGCGGCUCGAACGCAAACUCUGCAAAUAAAGCGACCCUGAACAAGCUGUUCGACAACUACCGCGAGAACGCCACCACGGAGCCCGAUCUCAUUGGAGUGGAUGGCACCAUGAAGUACCUGCAAGACCUGAAAAUCAACCUCGAGGGCAUCGACAGUCUCGCUGCGCUCGAGAUCGUUCAAGCUCCCACCAUGGGCGAGAUUACCCGAGAGGGGUUUGUCAACGGUUGGUUGGAGCGAGACUGCGACAACAUCGAGAAGCAGAAAACCUUUAUCAACAAUCUCAAGACUCAGCUGCCGGGCGACAAGACCGUCUUCACGCGCAUCUACAAGUACACAUUCUUCCUUGCCAAGCCUGAGCAACAAAAGGCGGUCCCACUCGAUACUGCCGUGGACUACUGGGAUCUUCUCCUUGCCUCGCCGCUUUCCGCGGUCAAAUGGACGGCUCCCAACAGUCCCUGGCUGGACUGGUGGAAGGAGUUUCUCGCUGUUUCCUGGAAGAAGAGCGUCAACAAGGACAUGUGGAACGAGACUCUGAAGUUCGCACAGCUCACUCUCCAGGACGAGGCCAUUAGCUUCUGGAACGAGGAGUCUUCAUGGCCGUCUGUCAUCGACGACUUUGUCGAGUGGGUCAAGACCGAGAAGCGCGGCGGCGCUGAGAAAAAGACAGAGGAGAUGGAGUACUGAGUCAUGCCAUCUUCUCGAGUCGACACUUAACUUCACCAACGCUACAAGCAUACUCGCUGGCGGGAUAAAGAGUAUGAUUAUACGUACCUGGACCGGCACGGUUUGGCUAGGGGUCACAGCGAUGGUUGCAGCGCGACAUGAUAUCAAGAGUGAACGCAUAACCACGCUUGCCAUAAUGGCAUUUCAUGUCUUGAUCGAAGCAUCUUAACAGAUAGAAUAGCCAAGCAUGGUAUCCUGAGAGCGGAAUACAAGAACAUGUACUUGAUG